UUCACCCACAACUUCACUUCGGUCAACUUCGUCAUUUAGUGGUGACCGAAACGUCGAUGUGUGUGGUAGUGAAGUUAACUUUUCUAACAUAGAUAUCUCACAUUAAUAACAAUAACCAGUAACUAAAGUACAAUCGCUUAUUGAACGUGUCUAAAGAAACAUUUAACGUGUCAAAGUUACAAAAUAAUAAUCAAAAUGUGUGAUAGUAACAGUCCUUCGACGCAAAGUAUAGCGGACUACUUAGCUCAGUUGCUCAAAGACAGGAAGCAACUGGCUGCGUUCCCAAAUGUUUUCAUGCACAUGGAGCGACUUCUGGACGAAGAAAUAGCGAAAGUGCGAGCGAGUUUAUUCCAAAUAAAUGGAGUCAAAAAGGAGCCUCUUAUUCUACCGGAAGCAGAGGGCGUUGUCACCACACUCACAGAGAAAGUAUACGUCCCGGUCAAAGAACAUCCAGAUUUCAACUUCGUGGGAAGGAUCCUAGGACCCAGGGGUAUGACCGCCAAGCAGUUGGAACAGGAAACGGGAUGCAAAAUCAUGGUCAGAGGAAAAGGAUCCAUGAGAGAUAAGAAAAAGGAGGACGCGAACCGCGGCAAACCGAACUGGGAGCACCUGGCCGAUGACCUGCAUGUGCUGCUCACAGUCGAGGACACCGAGAACAGGGCGAAGAUCAAACUCGCUAGGGCUGUCGACGAAGUCAAACGUCUGCUUGUACCUCAAGCGGACGGUGAAGACGAGCUGAAGAAGCGUCAACUGAUGGAGCUAGCCAUCAUCAAUGGAACAUACCGCGACUCAAGCGCGAAGGCCGUCGUGCCCGUCAACGGUGACUUCACAGCGGACGAGGAUUGGCGUCGCGUGGCUGCGGCG